AUGGAAUUUUAGUGUUGUUAAUGUUCGAUAGAGUUCAAUCAGACUGAUCAUUCGCCUCUUGUCUUGCCAAGCUGUGGUCAUUCCAUUUGUUUGUCUUGUGUCAAUUAAUAUACAUCUGGAGAGUAAUCCUUGGUUUGCAAAGAAGACGGAAUAUAAUGCAAUGUCCCAAGAGAUAUCAAAUGUUUCCCCCAUAAUCAAAGCAUUAUUGCAUUACUCAAGAAACGACGAUCAUCAGGUAGAUGUAUUACAACCAUUCAAACACCUGAUGAACAAUAACAACAGAUUCACAAUUAAACGAAGGAUGUUAGUGAUUUUUCAAGCGAAAAGGGCCUUUCUCAUUCUUAAUCGUAGGAAGCAUUGCCUAAAACUAGUCUAUGCAAAUUGCAUUAAAAGGAACUAGAAUUAGUCUGUCAAGAAGAUGGCUAGUAUAUUUGUGUAAAUUGUGCAUUAUUUGGUCCACAUAAAUUUCAUAAUUAUCUUCCCAUUGAAUAAUAUCUCAAAUAGAUAGAAUUGGCAGUCCAACAAAUAUCAAAUGUGUACAAACAAAUACAGAUUGAAAGAAAUAGUUAAGAAUAAUUUAAGCAAUUACUGGUUCUUGGACUUAAUUAAUAAUAAAAUUGUUUAAAAUCUCUUAUAGAAUUAUAAUUUGAUGACCUUAUUAAAUCUAUUGGAGACAUUAAAUUACAAGUAUUGCAUAAGGUUGAACUUAAUUACUAAAAUUCCAUUGAACACCACUCUAAUAAACUUGAUUCAGAAUUCAUUUCCUUAUAGAUUGAAGCUGAUAAAUGGCUAAAUUAGGCAAAUAUCUAAUUAAGUCUAUUAUUGGAAGAUUCUUAAGAAUAAAAAAACCUCAAAUUUGAUGAUCAAAUAGUUAAAUAAGGUGAGAUUUUGAUAUCCCAAUUUGAUAAGAUUAAAGAACAAAUCAAGAUCAAAAUUGAAUAAACUUACAAUUAACUAGAUGUCCAAGUUCCUAUUUAGAUUAUCAUAAAUUACAUCACCAAAAUGAUGGGAUUGAACAAAACAAAAUCCGAAGUGAUUAAAUAGGAAUUUAUUCAACCUCUAGAAUCCAUUCUAGAGGAGAAAGAUCCUAUAAAAAAGAUUGAUCAAUCGGACUUUUUAUUAGAUGAUAGGUAACUGUAAGAAGAAAUAUUCUAACAAUAUGAAUAGCAUAAACCAUUGUAAAUAGAUGUAGCAAAAGGAAAAAGAUAUUCUGGUAUAUUUUCUUAAUCAUAAUAACCUACCCAACCUACUUCACCUUCUCAAGAUAUGACAAAAUCAACCAAUUUUACAUCAAAUCAAAACCAACCAAUAAAGUUUAAAGAAAGAAGUAUGACUUUGUCACAUCACGAAUUGUUGGAUGUUUCUUAAAUUCUUGUUUAGAAACAAUCUAAAAUUAGCAAUAAUAAUUAAAAUAGCAAUUCAAAAUCAUAGAAGAAAUUUACUAACAAUCAAAAAAUGAAUGAUAAACUAUCAAAUACUUUUAGUAUUAUUCAUUAAGACAAAAGUGAAAUUAUUGAUCUAAGUUCUAUUGAUUUUAAUGACUAGAUUAUACAAAUCUUGGGAGAUUACUUAAAGGGAACUCAAACUGUAAAGGUCUUAAAAUUAAGUAAAUGCAAAUUGACAGAUGAUCUGCUCUAUAAGUUGGUUUUGAAUAUCACUCAAACCAAAAUUAAUACAUUACAUCUAUAACAAAACAUAUUGACAGAAAAAUGUCUUGAUAAUAUUUUAACUCAUUUGAGAUAAAAUGGUCAAACAUAAUUGAAAAGCAUAUAUGUGAAUUAAAACAAUUUUACAGCUGCCAAGGCAAAAAAAAAGAUAGACGAACUUAAAAAAUUUGGAAUUUAGAUAUCAUUAUGA